AGGCGCGAGCACAAUAACAAACUGGAAAAAACAAGUGGUGAUUGUUAUUAUACUGUAAGUUUGACCCUUCAGCCGAUGUUUAUUAAAAAGAAAUAGCGUGGUAAAGGAGCUUCUGCUAAAAUGCUGUUUCUGAAGUGUUUGGAAAUACUGUAAAAGCUGACACCAAUGCAAAACAUCAAGGGUAGGCGAUGGAGCUCCCCAACUACGCCAGUCAACUGCUUCUCCAGCUCAAUCAGCAGCGCUCCAAGGGCUUCCUGUGCGAUGUCAUCAUCAUGGUUGAGAACACGCUCUUCCGGGCACACAAAAGUGUCCUCGCCGCCACCAGCCACUACUUCAAGUCCCUUGUCCUUCACGAUAACCUCAUCCACCUUGACCCUGACAUGGUGGAUCCAGUUGUUUUCCAACAAAUUCUGGAUUUCAUUUACACCGGCAGGCUGGCAGAAGAGACCUUUGAGGGUGUGGAUUUAAGCUCUCUGCUCACCACAGCUAAUUUUCUCCAGCUCAAUGACCUUGCAAACCUGUGCUCCAGUAGGAUCAACCAAAAUGGGUCCCUCAGUAUUGUGGCUCGUGGAAGCACCAAAUCUUCAGUUCGCCUGUAUGAAGACCAUUCAUCAGACACUGAAACAUACACGUGUAUGACUCCUCCCAAAAAGCGGCAUAAUGCUGAAAGUAGAUGUAUUUCGAGAAAAAAGCAGGACUUGGGCUUGGAUUUGUCUAAGAAAAAUUCAAAUUCUGAGACAACAGUUAAUGAUGAGGUUUUUCUAUCCAGAACCAUCUCCAACAGUAUGCAGCUGGGAAUAAAUGGGAAGUGUGUUCCAAAGGAAGAAAAGUGGAUAAUUCCUUUGGACGGAGCUCAGGAAAGAAAAAGGGAGGGAUCCCGAAGAAAAUCCAAGGUCAAUGGUUACAUUCCUCUUAGCAGGGCUGGAAGUCAACUAAGCCAGAAUCAGACCUUCACUUUACAGUUGUCUGUAAAGAAAGAGAAAGGAAUUGGAGGGAAAACAGAUGAACCAAACAACGGCAGCACCAAUUUUGUUUAUCAAAAGGAGACCUUUCUCAAAGAAGCUGAAGGGGACAACCCUUAUGUUUGUAUACCAUGCGAAAAAGGUUUCCCCUCCUCCGAGAGUCUUAAAUCCCAUGUGGAAAGCCAUUUGGAUGAAGAUGUGGAUGUGAAGGUUGAGGAUGAGGAUGAAGAGGAACGUGACGGAGACCCUGGGGUCACCAGAGUCUCACCGGAAGCUCCCGAAAGCCUGGAGCAGAGUCCGUUAAAGUCCCUCAAAGAUGUAGACACCUUGCGUCCCUUCCCUUGCAAUAUUUGCGGCAAGAUGUUCACGCAGCGCGGCACCAUGACCCGCCACAUGCGCAGCCACCUUGGCCUAAAGCCAUUUGCAUGUGAGGAGUGUGGUAUGCGUUUCACCAGGCAGUACCGUCUCACUGAGCACAUGCGUGUCCAUUCAGGGGAGAAACCCUAUGAGUGCCAGGUCUGUGGUGGGAAAUUUACACAACAAAGAAACCUCAUUAGUCAUAUGCGGAUGCAUACCUCAGUAUCUUAGAACAGGUCAAAGAGCCCUAAACUAGGAUAAUACAGAUACCCACAGUUCUCCAUAGUGCUUUGGUUUGGGUUCUUUUAACUAGGGUUCAGUUUUCCAACAAGUUCUCCAGAACACUACGAAGAUUCCUCUAGAUAUUAUUUCUUCUCUAGAUCUUCUAGAAUUCUACAAAGAAUCAUCUCGGUUGAAACGGACUAUAAUCUAGGGCAUAUGUGUCAAACUCUGGUCCUGGAGGGCCAAGUUGGAGUUUGGCUCCAACUUGCCUCAACAAACCUGCCGGGAAGUUUCUAGUAUGCUUAGUAAGAGCUUGAUUGGCUGGUUCAGGUGUGUCUAAUCGGGGUUGGAGCUAAACUCUGCAGGACACCAGCCCUCCAGGACCGAGUUUGGGCACCCCUGUUCUAGGGCAAACAUGUCAAACUCUGGUCCUGGAAGAGCCACUCUCCUGGAGAGUGUAGCUCCAAAACACCUGUCUGAAAGUUUUUAGUAGUCCCGAAGACCUUAAUUAGCUGGUUCAGGUGUGUUUAAUUAGGGUUGGAGCAAAAUCUUACUGGACAGUGGCCUUCCAGGAACUGAAUUUGACACCCCUGAUCUAGGGUACGAUUUUGACAGCAAAUCCUAUGAAAAUUCCUCUAGAUUUUCUCCACAGAGUUUACUUAUUGAGCCAAUUUAUGGUUCAGUUUGAGCCACAUCUCCUAUAGAAUGCUAGAAAAAUCUGUUAGAUCUUCUCUACAGUGAUUUCCUUUUUGAGCAAAUCUUGGGGUCAUGUUCAACCACAAAUCCUUGAAAGAAAGUCUAGCUCAACUUGGAAGCCUCUUAAGAUAUCUUCUCAAACCUGUCUUUGUGGAUCCUACACCACUGUACUUUUUUAAUGUCUUCAAUGUCACCCAAUUCAGUUGCAGAUUCAUCUAAUGGGGUUAUGAGUUAAAUUAGGUACAUCAGAUGAGGAGGGCAUCCAAAAUGCGCAGUGGUGGACAGGGGUCAGGGGUCUCCAACCUUGCACCUGGAGGGCUACCUUCCUGCAGGCUUCAGUUCCAACCCUGUUUCAACACCCUUAGAACAACUUGACUAGUUAGUUCAGGUGUGUUUGGAGCUAAACUCUGCAGGACAGUGGCCCUCCAUGAACUGACUUUGACACCCCUGAUCUAGGGCGCUAUUUUGGCAACAAAUCAAAUGAACAUGCCGCUUUUAGUGGUUAGUUUGGGCCACAUGUCCUCUAGAAUGAUACAAAAAUUUGCUGUAUGUUCUCUACAGCGAUUACCUUUAGAGCAAAUCUAGGGUUCAUGUUCACCCACAAAUCCUUGAAAGUUUUACAGAGAUUCUUCUAGUUCAACAUGGAGACCUCUGAAGAUCUCUUCUCAGACCUGUCCAGGGGAGCCUACACCAUUUCACAUUUUUGAUAUCUUCCUCAUCGGCCACACUCAAUUCAAGUCUUGCAGUCUCGUCUAAUGAGCUUCUGAGGUAAAUUAGGUGCGUCAGAUGAGGAGAGCAUUCAAAAUGCACAGUGGAGGAUGGGUUUGCUUAAGAUCAGGGAUUGCCAGCUCUACACCUGGAGGGCUACCUUCAGUUCCAACCUUGCUCCAACACAAUUGGAACACCUUGACUAACUGGUUCAGGUGUGUUUGACUAGGGUUGGAGCUAAACUCUGCAGGAUGGUAGCCCAGCAAGAGCAAGGUUCCUUAAAUCCUGCCCUGGAGGAGCCGCUGCAGAGUUUUGCUCCAACACUGAUCAACCUAAACCUGUACCUCUGCAGAUCUUCUUCAGGUAUCUUUAAUUAGGGUUGAAGAUAAACUUAAAAAAAAAAAAAAAAAAAAAAAAAAAAAAAAAAACCCUAAAGGGUCUGAUUUGUGGAACCCUGAUUUAGAAUUAGAAUUCUGAGGAUUUGUCAUAGACCCUAAAUCAGGGACGAGCAACUUCAGUCCUGGAUGACCACUCUCCUGCAGAGUUUAGCUCCAACCCCUAUUGGAACACACCUACCUGUAACUUCAUAGUGAUCUUGAAGACAUUGAUUAGCUUGAUCAGGUGUAUUUGAUUGGGGUUGGACCUAAACUUUGUAGGACAGUGACCCUCCAGGACUGGAGUUGCCCAGCCCUGUCUUAAAUUUUCUCAAAAAGGAAACCUCUGUAAUCUUGAAUUCUAGAAAGAUUCAUUUAGAUCUUCUCCAGACACUCUACCUUCAGAGCCAAAGUAGGAUUCCAUUUGGAUCAUUUAGAAUUCUAUGAAGAAUCGUCUCCACAACGGAGACCCUAUUCUAGGGUUCAGGUUUGCCUACAAUUCCUCUAGACUAGUAUAAAUAUUCAUUUAGAUCUUCUCUAAAGACUUUACCCAGUCAAGGUAAUCUAGAAUUCUGACCGGAUCACAUUUAGAAUUCUAAGAUUCUUUAGAUCUUCUCCAUACUGAUUUCCUAAUCUAGACUUCUCUAGUUCUAAAGGAAAGUUCUGUCGAGAAGAUCAAAAGCAUUCUAUUUGAGGAAUUCUUUCAAAACUAGGAAACCAUUUCAAAAAGGAAAUUCUUGUUUUUUAAUCUAGGAUUCAGUAGGGUUUCUCUCCAGAGCUUUACAUUUAUACCCAAUCUAUAGUUCGUGCCCCACCCUCCCCCAACCCAAUCCACUAGAAAGCUACAAAGAUUUAUCUAGAUCUUCAUAGACGAAUGGCAAUGCCAUUCCCUGAAAAUGCCAACUUCAGCCAAUACCUGCUGUUAUACCUCUUUCUUCAUACCUUCUUAUUCUUCUUGUGCAUGACUUGUUUGUUAUUGUUAGUGUGUAGCUAAAAGAAAUAUCAAGUUUAUCCACUUAGCGAUGUAGUUUGAUCGAUUAAAACGAAAAUUACCUCAAAUAGCUAGUAAUCCUCUCAGAAUUGAAACAGCCGAAUGUUCCUGGUGAUACCAGUUAUUUUACAGCAUUGACUUGCGAUACCUCUCGAAUGUAAUUUAGGAGUCAUGAUAGAGUUUAUGCUUCAGAAACAGACCGCUGUAAUAAAGCUAUCUGGGUUGUUUACUUGAAUACACAAACUUGCUACCUCAGAUUAAACCAAACCCUCUGAUAAGCCUGUAUGAGAUUAAGACUACAUGUGUUAGACAAGAAAAGCUACAUGCUGUCUUCCAUACUUCAGUCACUCUGUCUAGUUUAAUAAUGAGCUUAAACUGACAUCCGAUCCAGAACAGAGGAAAACACACUGCCUUUUCAGGGGGUCAGGUAAUACUUCACUGUAGGGUUGCGAUCUGAGCUUGUGAAGUAGUAUUGCUUGAGCAAUUAGGGUGUUUUGAUGUACAGUUCCAAAGAAAUAUUGAAUGUUGAAAUGCUUAAGAAAUACUGUAAAACUAUAACCAAAUCUAUAUUCUUGCUAAAUAUUUAAGUCUAAUUUAUGCUUCUUUCAAUUCAGGUUUAUAUUAAGUCUUGCUUCUUUUUUUCAGGGGUUUUCUUUUGGGUUUCUUUCUUUCUUUCUUUUUUUAUUUCAAUGCUUUAACCAAUGGCUUAAUUUAUACAGCAUGUUGUCCAUAUUUUCUCGUGGCAUGUGCAUUAUUCUUAUGAAUUUAAAAAAGUUAGGUUUAGCAGAUUGCAUUCACGCAUUUAGUGUUGAAACGAGACCAAAAGCGUAAAAUCAAAACCUACUGUAAAUAUCUUUGGGUAUCUUAAUGUAAUUGACAUGUUGCUAUUAUUAUCAGUUGAUAUAUCACUGAAAACUUCAGAGAUGAAAUUGUUUUCUUACUGUGUUUUAAUUUCUCUGCACCAUGUUUGUUUUAAACUACCUCUGGUUGGGUAUUUUGUACGUGGGUUCAUGAGGCUGGAGGGCUUUUUAAACAAUACCUAAUUUUGAGGUUUUAUUAAUUUGUUUUGUAGCUGCUUGCCUGAUCUAGUCAUAUCAAAAGAGGUACUUUAAAUAAUAGAUCAACUAGCCUAAGAUUUAAUUUGCUUAAUUGACUUUUCAGGCACUCUUUGGUCAUUUAGUGCUUGCUUUUUCUCUCUUUUCGCUUUAUGUUGAGAUGAUUAUUUGACACUGUCUGUAAAUCAAUAGGAUUCUAGAAUAUUCAGGAACUUUUUAAUACAUAAUGGGACUUGAAGCUGAACUUCAAAACUGUGACAACACUUUCAUUUGCAUUCUCUGCAAACCUCAGGGAACAUUUUAGGGACGCGUCCCAACUUUUGGAACCAUAAAGCGCCAUUAACCGAUGCUUUUGCAGCUAUUCGUCUGUUAUUGUUUUUUUUUUGUUUUUUUUUUUUUAUUUAGAUAUGUUUCAAUAUUCUCCAUAACUGACACAAUGCGCCUUCAGAAGGUUCGGCAGCUCUUUGCAUUUGCAGUACAGGUUUGUGUGUGUUUGUAUGUGUAUGGUUUUGAUGUGGUUUUCAAAUGCUUUUGAAAUGUCAAGUACUUUGUUCAGAAAUGAUGAUACUAAAGUAUUUGCAACCUGUUUAUGAAAACCAAAGCACAUUUUCACUGAAGAAUUUAAGGUCCUAUUGUAUAUAACAUUGUUCUCAGUUAUGACAUGAAAUAAAAUUAAAUGCUGAUCAAAUAA